AUGGCGGGUCCCCCCAACUCGUCAGUGUGUAGCCUCAAUCUAGCUACGGCUCUAAGGGUGUGCAGCGAGCUAUGCUUGCCCUUGCACCCCGGGAAGUGCGAGGGCCCCUCUACCAUUCUCACUGUACUCGGUAUCCAGAUCGACACCGUCAAUAGGAUCGCUAAGCUCCCGGAGGAAAACCUCGCCGAUAUUCGUGGUCUUCUGGAGCAAUGGUCAUCGCUUAAAUGGUGCACGAGGCACGAACUCGAGUCCCUUAUUGGCCACCUCCAUCAUGCCGCCAAAGCGGUCUGGCCGGGCCGCACCUUUAUUCGACGCAUGAUCGACCAGCUGCGCUGCUUCCGUCACCGCCAACAUCUAAUUCGCAUCGGCUCAAAGCUGCGACUUGACCUCCAGUGGUGGAGAGACUUCAUCGCCUCGUGGAACGGCGUGUCCUUCUGGCUGUACCCGGGGAUGGCAGCCACACCAACGACAGUGGUUACAUCUGACGCGGCGGGCGUCAUGGGCUACGGGGCCUUUCACCGCAGCAGGUGGUUCAACGGCGUGUGGACGGGGCCUCAAAAGUUCGAAUCUAUCGCGUAUAAGGAGCUCUUCCCCAUAGUCGUCGCGGCUCACGUGUGGGGGCAUUCGUGGCGGAAACAACACGUCCUGUUUAGAACAGACAACGAAGCGGUCGUCUGUAUUCUGACCUCGCGGACUUCACGCAUUCCUAGCAUUAUGCAUUUGCUACGCAGUCUGCUUCUAGUCGCGGCCAGGCAAGGGUUCUCCUUCUCUGCGGCGCACGUUCCCGGCGUGGAGAACUCCGUCGCUGACGCACUGUCUCGUUUUAAUUGGCAGGCCUUCGUCACACUCGCGCCUUGGGCUGCCCCGUCACCUACCUCAAUACCCCAGGCGGUCCUGGUGGAGCUAACACAGCCAACCUCGAAGCCAGAUGCCGGGAGCUGCUACUACAAGGCUUAG